GGCGUUUCAUUUCCAUUUCUCUGCCUCUGUCUGUGUCUUAAAUCUUACACAUUCGUUCUCACCAAUGCAAAAAUUAUAUUUAAAUUAAACAAGCAACAACUUAGCCUCACUACUCGCCUUUAACCAUGCCUUAACGGUCACUUCUCUUCUUCUUCUUCUUCUUCUUCUUCCUCCUCCUCCUCCUCCUUUCUCUUCAUCUUCUUCCAGUGGCCUGACGACGAACAAAUUUCACGAUUCCUUCUCUCACGUUGUUGGAGGAGAUGCUGACGUGUAUAGCGUGUUCGAAGCAGCAUCGGCUGGAGAACAAGAAUGGAUCUCUGCCGCCGAAGGAGGAUGAUGAUGAUGAUGUUGUAGGAACACCGAGGACUAAGCAGGCCAUUAAAACUCUCACUACUCAGAUCAAAGACAUAGCACUGAAGGCUUCUGGAGCAUAUAAAAACUGCAAACCGUGUUCAGGAUCAUCCAACUGUAACCAGAAUGGACACCCUGCUGAUUUGGAUGCUGCCUCAGACUCAGCUAGGUUCCAUUGCUCAUACCGUAGAACGGGAAGUUCCAACUCAACACCAAGAAUGUGGGGGAAAGAAAUGGAAGCACGAUUAAAGGGCUUGUCAAGUGGUGAAGGGACUCCUGCAUCAGUUAGUGGACGAACAGAAUCUGUAGUUUUUAUGGAGGAGGAUGAACCCAAGGAAUGGGUUGCACAAGUGGAGCCUGGCGUUCUAAUCACUUUUGUUUCCUUACCUCAGGGAGGAAAUGAUCUCAAGCGUAUUCAAUUCAGUCGUGAAAUGUUCAACAAAUGGCAAGCCCAAAGAUGGUGGGCAGAGAACUACGAUAAAGUCAUGGAGUUAUACAAUGUUCAAUGUUUCAAUCGUGAAACAGUCCCACUUCCGACUUCUCCAAGAUCUGAAGAUGAGAGGUUGAGAGUUGGAUCUGCAAAGGACAGCCCUGUCACUGCCCCACUGAACAAAGAGCGCCCUUGCAACUUUCACCAGCCAAUGGGAGUGGGCUACUCUUCAUCAUGUUCACUAGACCACCAACCAGUGCAAUCCCAUCAAUUUUUUGACUCGGCUGGUCUUGCUUGCACUGCAAAACUCUCAAGCAUCAGUGGCACCAAGACUGAAACAUCAUCCAUUGAUGGUUCUGCAAAGACUAGUUACUCAAGAGAGGCUGAUCAAUCCGGAGAGCUUUCCAUUGGCAAUGCCAGUGAUAUGGAGACUGAAUGGGUUGAACAAGACGAACCAGGAGUAUACAUCACUAUCAGAUCCCUUCCUGGUGGUACUCGGGAGCUCAGACGUGUCCGUUUCAGUCGAGAACGGUUCGGAGAGAUGCAAGCGAGGACAUGGUGGGAGGAGAACCAAGCGAGGAUACAAGAACAAUAUUUGUGAUUGAGAAAGAUCAUGAAAUGGUGAUUAAACAUUCAAAUCGUGUCUUCUCCUUGUAACAAAGUUCCGGGUACAAAACCUCAUAACGUAGCUUAUACAUAUAUUUAACCAUGCCUUGGUUUCUGGUUUUGCUCUCCAGUUUUUAUUAAGGGAUGUGUUUGGUUUUUUUCUUUUUUUUUAAUUUCUUAUUUGGGGUUGAAAAUGUGCAAUUAUUGGGCAAUUUAGAGUUUGGUUAAUAUGCGUUGAAAUGAAAAUUAAUGGGAAAUUUUGUCUUA